AUGUCUAACGAAAACGCAUCUCUCCUGCGUGGAGAAGAUGGGCAAGGGCAUUCCACUAUGCGUCAACGUACAAUGUCCGGUGUAUCGCAGCGGUCAAUACCCAACGUUCCCUAUUACAGACCCAGUGCUACCUCGGAAACAGGACUGAUGUCUUCGAGUGGUCCCUCAGAUGCUCGAAAAUACUUCAUGAUUUCCUGUGCGGCCUUGAUCACGCUGUUUACAGCAGGAACCAUAUUCGGAUUCGCAGCAAUCAAACCCAUUUUCAUCAAAGAAGGUGCAUAUUCACACCUGUGUGACGAACCGUCGCCCGAAGGCUGUGCUGAGCAGAAGUUGCAGCUUGAUCUGAUGUUCACUCUUGGUUCAUUCUUUAUCAACGUAGCUGCUUUCCCGGUUGGAGUGUUCCUGGACUUCACCGGACCUCGCAUUACUUCCACAGUUGGGACUGUUAUCGAGGUGGCUGGACUUGUGUUGCUUGCCUAUUCAAGCGAUACCUUCGAUGGGUACAUGGCUGGCUUUAUAUGCCUGUCCGUGGGCGGUCUGUGUAUGUUCUUGUCGAACAUUAACCUGAUGAAUCUGUUCCCCGCUUAUAUGGGGACUAUUAACGUCGGCCGUACGUGCUUGUACGCGUCUGUGACUGAUUACACUGGUCGUAUGUUCGGGUUCAAAACGUUUGGAACCAUCUACGGAAUGCUUAUGAUGAUUGCCGGUUUCGGUAACUUAUUACAGUACCCCAUCGACAACUAUGUUAUUGAGAAGUGCGACCACUCCUUCUUCAAGGCUAACCUGGCGAUGACGAUUAUCUCUGUGCUUCUGUUCAUACUUCCGGCUUACUUAUACCGUGAGCGUGAGCGUCGAUUCAACAGCCAAUACACCCCCAUCAAUUAA